UUUUCACCAAUCAGAAUAGAGCAAUAUCAGCAGGUGCCCUAUUACCGGAAGUGGACAUCAUAAACAGUCAUUCUAAACAGAUUUAGAAGGAUAACAACGAAGACAGACCUUCUAUCUAGCUAUGGAUAGAAGUUCCAUCCGCUAUGAAGUGCUUCAUGAGACUGAAUCCAGCACACCAGCUGAACCUGUCAAUCUGGUGAUGGUAGUGCCGCCUCCGGAAUAUCCAGGGACUUAUGGUCAAGGCGCUGCCAACCAAAAGCUCCCAACAUAUGCAGAGGCCACAACCCUGCCCACUUACGAGGAGGCAGAACGCUCAAAGUUUCAGGAGGCUCAUCAAGAUUCUGAUAUCAAUUUAGAGAAUCCAGAUGAAAUUUCUGCGCAUGAAGGCCGUUUAUUUAGAACAACAACACUUGGCACAGAUGGCAUGUUUUUGUGUGCUUUUGUCAUGGCUUUUUUCUUUAACUGGAUCGGGUUUUUGUGUUCAAUCUGCCUGUUCAACACAAUAGCAGGUCGAUGUGGGGCUCUAUCGGGGCUUGGUCUCUCCAUUGUUAAGUGGAUUUGUAUUGUUAGGCACAACAAGUGGGCCAGCGACUGGGCUGAUGGAGAUUCCUGGGUCUGGUGGCUGCUGCUUCUCUGUGGAAUGCUUAUUUUCCUGAGAGGAGCCAUUCAUUACAUCAAGACAAAAUAUGAGUGGACCCAGAUCCAAAACAGCCUUAGGAAUCGAAACCUAUUCCUGUUUUAAUAAUGGGAAAAUCUUCAAAAUAAAUUGUUGUUGUUGUUUUCCAGUUUUAUUGACCGUCAUCUGUUUUUUUUAAAUUUGAUUCAAACAACUUAUGGUGCCGGUUUGUCUUCUUUUAAAUUUAGAAUAAUAAAGAGCUCUGUAAUUUGCUUUACCAAUUUUACCAUUUUCUGAUAUAAUGACGGUGAAAUCUUUUUGUAAGGACAGAUUUUUUGUCAGUGAAUAGUAUAACAGUUUUAAACAUUGGAACAGAAUAUGAUUUGUUUACCUCCAGGUUUUAAAUACCAGGUUUUGUUGAAUAUUUCAGGGGAAUGCUUAUAUAUGAAAUUUAAUUGUUGUGAUAAGUUUUAGCACCUACAUGCAUGACUAGCUUAAACAUUUUGGGUCUUUGCUUUAAUAAAUCUAGCUGACAUUUCAGGCCCAUAGGAGAUAGUUCUAUCCAUGGACAAAAUAGUUAUCAGUAAAACUUGAUAUCAAUUAAAGUGCUCCUGUUAAAUGUAUUAGUUUCAAGUAGUUUAUUAAUAUUGAACAUUUGUCGGCCGUUAAAAUCAUUUUUAUUCAUUAAGUCUUUCAAAUCAAUGCUGUACUAUGUUUACAAUAAUCAUUUUUAUUCCAUGUUGGUGUUCGUAGGCUGUCACUAAUUUAACCUGUGUAUAUAAAUUAUACUUGGAUUUAUAUAUAAACCAUAAUCUUAUCUGUACAUUUUAUUCGUUGCCCAAAAUAUUUGUUGAAUGAAAUAGGAUUAAUAUUCUGAAAUUAUGUAAGCAGAAAUAAGUUGAAAUUUCGUUUACCAGGACAUAUUUUCAACUUUUGGAUAUGAUUUUAUUUUUUUUCUGUGAUUUUCCUAGUGUUUCAUUUUCUAUGAAUAUUUACAGAUGAUGAACAAUUUUUAAAAUUAAAAUUACAUCACCCUUAUUGAGCCUGUAUUUUAUUGUUAAGGAAAGGAAAUUUACUCUGAAAAAAUAAAAGAUUUUUAAGUUGA